AAAUCGAUAUGGAAACAAAUAGGUUUUUCUCAUUUGUGUGGUGUCCAACGAGAAGUCGAGGACAUUUUAAGACCUGUCUGUAUACAUUCAUUUGGAUAUUUGUUAGCAUCAGCCCUUUUUAUCACUGUGCAACGCGCCGGGUGAUUACAUAAUAUAUUCUAUUGACCAUCGAUUUGUUUGUGUUCUAGUUAGUUCCUUGAUUGGAGGUAGGCCUACCUUUUGGCUUCAGUGAAUAGACUGAAGUAUUUUAUUUGUAUGGUCAGUGGUGCACUUUUUUCCACAUUAGCUGAGCUUGUAGGAAGCCCUGCUGUUAUUGGAUGAGUUUGUAUCACAUGGCCCUCGUCACGUGGCCCCUGAGGAAAAAGGGGUGAUUUUUGGUGUAAAUCUAGACUGUAAUUCUGUAAUAUAUCACAGUACCUCGUAAAACCGACAGUAAAACCUCCCGGCCUACAAAUCACCGGUCAAAUUAUGAGUUCAUUGUAUUAUGCGAACGCUUUGUUUUCCAAAUAUCAAGCUGCAAGUUCGGUUUUUCCAAGUGGGGUCUUUCCCGAGCAAACUUCUUGCGCUUUUGCGUCCAGUUCACCAGGAGCCAGCAGCUAUGUCUCAGGCUCCGGCGGCGCAGGCUUCUCCUCCUCUUCCUCCACACUGUCGGGACUGUACAAUAACGCAGGGAACAUGCCCACCCAAACCCGCAGCAUGUAUCCCUCUGCGUACGGGCUGGGCACCGGCUCUCUGAACAUGCACUGCUCCCACUUUGAACACCCCAACCUCUCCAUGAUUUGCUCCGGUGGUGACCCGUCCAAGGUGUCCAGCUGCGGUAAGGCGGAGCAGAGACAGAACGAGGACAGUUUACGGAUCUACCCAUGGAUGAGAACCUCAGGUGCAGACAGGAAGCGAGGUCGACAGACGUACACGCGUUACCAGACGCUGGAGCUUGAGAAGGAGUUCCACUUCAAUCGCUACCUGACUCGCCGAAGACGCAUAGAGAUCGCUCACGCGCUGUGUCUCACCGAGAGGCAGAUCAAAAUCUGGUUCCAGAACCGGAGGAUGAAGUGGAAGAAGGAGAACAAGACGCCUGGCCGGAGCUCCCCUGCAGCCGAACCGCCGGGGGGCGAGGAGGACGAAGAUGAAGACCAGUAGCGACGGUGAAUGGACGGUGAAAAGACUAAUGGGCACUACAUGAGACUGAUAUUAUAUUAAAACCGUAGGGGAAACCGUGUCCCCCUAUUCUUACACUGAGUUAAACAUACAAUACUACCUAUAAGAUUAAUGAUUUAUUCAUGUAGCCUAUAGCCAUGUCUUGUUUUGUUAAAAGUACAGUGAAAUUGUAUAAAUAAAUAAAAUACUAUGAUUUCUAAGCGAUACUAAAUAAGCUAUUGUUGCUUAAAUGUUGAUUUAGGUAAAUAUUAUCUAGUUUUCUUUGGCAUAGAUCUGUAAUAUUGCAAAACUCUGGUUGGGAAAACUAGCCUGUUUGCGAGAAAAGGAUCGGCUUUGCAGCAGUUUAUGCAACUCUAAGGUCAUCCUUGUUAUUUAUAUUUUCAUUCUCUGUCAUCUUGUGAUCUUCUGGAUGUAUAUUUUAUGACUUGUUGUAAAGGGCUUUUACCCCUAUGUCAAAUGAUUUGACGUAUUUUGUUUUUAUUCUUGAGAUGUUGGCCUACAGUGGACCACGAGAUGUAGGAAUUUGUAUAAUUUUCGUGUUGUGAGGAACUAUUUGUUAUUCAAUUGCACAAGUGUUCUGUCAAUAAAACAAAAAGUAAUUAAUUAC